UCGAAUCGAAUUCGGAAGGUUUUCGAUUGAAAAUCGAUUGCGAAGCCGUCAACCCUCCCGUCAUUGGCCACUUGUCUCGACGCUGGCAAGAGUGGAUUGAACCGCCACAAGAAGACUUGCUCGCAUCGAGACAGCAGCAAGAGGCAAACGGCGUCCGUCCGAUCAAAAAGACCUGACGGCAGCUUUGUCGCCCAAGAAGAGAAGACGAAGCGGCAGUAGCCAGCAAGCACGCAAGCAGUCGAUCCAACCCAACACCUACUCUCAUCAUGGACUCCAAGGCUAUUGCCACCUCUACCUCUACCAGCAACCAACCACACGGUUUGGCUCCUUCUUGUCCCCUCUUGAUGGAUCACACUGAUAUUUGGAUUGGGCAGAUCUUGCCUUGUCUGGGCAUGGGCCAGUAUGCCUUUGUUGGGGGCGUCAGCAAGAAGAUGAACCAACUCUACAAAGACUAUUAUGACACUGUGGAGAAUCCACCAAUACUGGAGAAGCCCAAACGCAGCGCCCUUGCUACAGAUACAUUCUACAGCAACACAUUCUACAGUGUGUCCUGUGCCGACCAUUGGCACAAGGACCAUCCAAAUGUAGGUGGACAUAUUGGUGGCAAUCCUCGUUACUUGUAUCGUCAAAUACGAGGCGACCAGUACAUUUGCAAACAAAUUGUCAAGGCUGGGCAACUUCGAGUUCUUCAAUGGGCCUACGAGAAGAAAUUCGCCUGGGAUGACAUUACAUGCUCUGCAGCCGCAAAUGGUGGUCGCCUGGAUUUGCUAAAAUGGGCCCGUGAACUCGACUGCCAUUGGGACGAAUCAACAUGCUCUGCGGCCGCAGAGGGUGGUCACUUGAAUGUCCUAAAAUGGGCUCGUGAUAAUGGAUGUAGUUGGGAUUGGAAAACCCCUGCGAAGCAGCCAAGAUUGGGCGUUUGGAUAUUGUCAUUUAUGCCUAUGAAAAUGGCUGCACCUGGGGUGAAGAACAUGGUUUCCGUGAAGAUUACAUGUGUCCUUGUGCAGCCGCCGCAGAAAAUGGACAUCUCGUGGUCAUUCAAUGGUCCCGUGAAAAAGGGCUUCCGUGGAAUGCUGCAACCUGUGUUCGUGCAGCCAUGGGUGGCCACUUAGAUGUCCUGAAAUGGGCCCAUGAGGAGCAUGGAUGUCAGUGGGAUGGUGAAACAUGUAGAAUUGCUGCUGAGUAUGGGCAUCUUGAUGUGCUGAGAUAUGCACGCGAAAAUGGCUGUCCAUGGCCAUGGCGUUGCCUUGCAAGUUCAUCAGCUGCACAAGGUGGCCAUCUCGAACUACUGGAAUGGGCUCUUGAGAAUGGAUGCCCGUAUAGUGAAUCCAUGUAUUCUGGUGCUGCAUUUGAAGGACGUUUGGGAAUUCUCCAAUGGCUUUAUGACAAUGCCUAUCCCUGGUGUGCUGAUGCAUGUCGUGCAGCUGCUUAUGGGGGCCAACUCGAAACUCUGAAAUGGCUACAUGAAAAGGGUUGCCCAUGGGCAGCAAAUACAUGUGGGAAUGCAGCAUUGCGUGGGCACUUUAAGUGUCUGCAGUAUGCUCACGAAAACGGAUGUCCAUUUGAUGAAGGGACAUGUGCCAAUGCUGCCAGAAGUGGAUGUUUGAAUAGCCUCAAGUAUGCACAUGAUCAUGGCUGCCCGUGGGACGAAACAACAUAUGUCAAUGCUUCACAUAGCGCUGCAUAUUUUGGGCAUCUGGAAGUUCUUCAAUUCGCUCACGAAAACGGCUGCCCAAUGGCAUGGCACCCUGAAACAUGCUGGGGCGCUACUGAUUGUGGACAUUUGGAUGUCCUGAAAUAUGCACGUGCCAAUGGAUGUCCUUGGGGCAUCUUGACGUAUCAGAUGGCAAGGAACCGUACUACUCCAUUUCGUGGAAACAGAACGGAAAUCCUGCAAUGGUUGCGUGACAAUGGUUGCCCAGAAUAGAACCAACGGUCACUGGCGUUGGCGGCGAUUCCAGCUGAGGGUAUACUAUAGUAAUUUACGAAAUCAAUCACUCUUUUGCUG